CGCAAGUGCCUCUCUUGAGCUAGCAUAGCAGCCGAGCAAGUUGGUGGGCUCAUCCACAGCCUAGUUGUGAGGCUAACCUGAUAGCUAGGUUAAUGGGGAGGUAUCAGCGGUGACAACCCUCCUUUUCCCGUCAUACCGUAUGCAUCUUUUAUCGGCAUAGAACUUACUUGGCAGAGAGAUGUCGGCGCCGGGCUACACGAAUUUGAACACUUCUGUCAAUUACAGCUUGAACGCAACCCAGAAUGGUGGAUCGGCUCCUCCGUAUCAGAACGGUCCUGCGCAGUCAUACCCCUCAACGUAUCCAGCAUCUGGCUACGGAGCUCCCCCUCAACAUUACCCCUCUAGCACCGGACAUUGUGUUCCAGCCUCCAGCAAGACUCCCAUUAUGAACAAUGAUUACGCUAACUACUAUAGCCAACAUCAACCCCUUUUGCCACCUGCUGCUGGGGCAGUUACAGCCCCCUCAUCAUAUGGGGUUCCCCAGGGAUCCCUGCCUCCCUCGCAACCCUACAACACAGCCAACCCCCCAGCCUCUGGAGCGCCACUGUAUCCAGCAGCAUACCAGCAUCCCUACACUAUGCCUUCUGCCUAUUAUGGACAGCAGUACCCAGUGUCCCAGGCGCAGUCGCAGCAACCAAAUCUAAUGGCAGUGUCCAGUGGCACAAACAACGGAGCUCCUCUAUACCCCAUUGUGUCAUACCCCUCUGCUCCGGGGAGUAGCCAGUACGGCACACUCCGAUCUUCUCAGGCCCCCAUGGGACCCGGACCUGUUUCGGGGCCCAAUGUGAUCGUGCCCCCUGGCCAGGCUACUGGGCAGUCCAUGUCCAUGGGGAAUGGACCUAUUCCCCCCUCAUCUGCCACUCCUGCUCACCAGGGCUAUGGAACGGCUACUCUUUGCCAACAAUCAGCAACAGUUAAUGGACAAACAAAUGCACUUCAAACCCAAACAAUGCCACACUAUGACCAAAACCUCCAUGGCCAUAUGACCUACUCAUAUGGAGGGGUACCCCCCACGACACAGGGCCCUGACGGGGAUAGACCGCUUUCAGGGACCCCAGCCACCUCAGUACAUUCGUCACCAGGCCAUCAGCCAGGCCUGCCUUACAGAUAUGUUACAAAUAGUGGGGUUAGCUCCGCCCCUGUCGCAGCCACCACGCCCGCUGGCCAGUCCUCUUCGAGCUCAGAGGAUGAGGACGAUGAAGAUGAGGAUGAGGAAGCAGGUGCAGACAGCUCCUCCAGCACUACUGGCAGUGCCUCCCCAGUGCCCAACAGCUAUGAGUCCCUGGAGGGUGGGAGUUACACAGACCCAGCAUCUAUUCCACCCCCUGGGGAUCUGUCGCGGCAAGCUCCCUUUGGCUACUCGUACCCGGCCAUGCAGCCCAACUACAUCCAGACAGCUCCCAGGUCAAAUCCCGCCCCCUCUGCUACAGGGUACCACGCGCCUGGGUACCAGGACAUGUCACAGCCUUUCCCCAGCAUGUCCCAGCUGUCGGCGGCCCUGGGCGGCCUGAGUGCGCCUGAGCUGACGGUGGACAGCCUGCGGCCCGUCAACCUCCUGCAGGAACGCAACAUCCUCCCCCCCACCCCCACCGCCCCUCCUGAGCCCAACCUCAGCACCGACCUCAAGAAUGUCAACUGCAGCCCUGACACGUUCAGGUGCACACUUACCAACAUCCCCCAGACCCAGGCCCUGCUGAACAAAGCCCGGCUCCCGCUAGGCCUCCUGCUGCACCCCUUCAGAGACUUGAGUCAGCUACCAGUUAUCACCUCCAACACCAUUGUGCGCUGCCGUUCGUGCCGGACCUACAUCAACCCCUUCGUCUCCUUCCUGGACCAGCGGCGGUGGAAGUGUAACCUGUGCUACAGAGUGAAUGAUGUUCCGGAUGAGUUCAUGUACAACCCAGUGACACGCUCUUACGGCGAACCCCACAAGAGGCCCGAGAUCCUGAACUCCACGGUUGAGUUCAUCGCCUCCUCAGAUUACAUGUUGCGGCCCCCUCAGCCUGCGGCCUACCUGUUUGUGCUGGACGUGUCUCACAAUGCUGUGGAGGGAGGAUACCUGAAUGUCUUCUGUCAGUCCCUGCUAGAGAACCUGGACAAGUUGCCAGGGGAUACCCGCUCGCGAGUGGGCUUCUUGACGUUUGACAGCACCAUUCACUUCUACAACCUACAGGAGGGUCUUUCCCAGCCUCAAAUGCUCGUGGUCUCAGAUAUUGACGAUGUUUUUAUUCCUACUGCUGACAGUCUACUAGUCAAUCUGAAGGAAAGUAAGGAACUGGUGAAGGACCUGCUGAAUGCUCUCCCCAGCAUGUUCACCCACACGCAGGAGACCCACAGUGCCUUGGGCCCGGCACUGCAGGCCGCCUAUAAGCUCAUGUCCCCCACGGGCGGCCGCGUGUCCGUGUUCCAGACCCAGCUGCCCACACUGGGGGCCGGGACUCUGCAGUCGCGAGAGGACCCCAACCAGAGAUCCAGCACCAAGGGGGUUAAGCACCUGGGACCAGCCACUGACUUCUACAAGAAGCUAGCCCUGGACUGCUCUGGCCAGCAGAUUGCCGUGGACCUAUUUCUACUCAGCUCUCAGUAUUCCGACCUGGCAUCAUUAGCGUGUGUUUCCAAGUACUCUGCGGGCAGCAUCUUCUACUACCCCACAUUCCACCACGUGCACAAUCCAGCCCAGCGGGACAAGUUCCAGAAAGAUCUGCAGCGCUACCUCACCAGGAAGAUUGGCUUUGAGGCCGUCAUGAGGAUACGCUGCACUAAAGGCCUGUCCAUCCACACAUUCCAUGGCAACUUCUUUGUGCGGUCCACUGACCUGCUGUCUCUGGCCAACGUGAACCCGGACUCGGGCUUCGCCGUGCAGAUGUCCAUCGAGGAGAGCCUGGCCGACACGUCGCUGGCCUGCUUCCAGGCAGCGUUGCUCUACACCUCCAGUAAAGGGAAGAGACGGAUCAGAGUGCACACCCUCUGUCUGCCGGUGGUCAGCCAGCUGAGCGAUGUGUUUGCAGGGGCGGACGUUCAGGCCAUCACGUGCUUACUAGCUAACAUGGCCAUUGACCGGUCGAUAUCGUCAAGCCUGACAGACGCGCGGGAUGCGCUGUUGAACGCGGUAGUGGACUCCCUGGCGGCGUACCGCGCCAACGGCUCCAACCUGCAGCCCGCCGGCCUCAUCGCCCCGGCCUCCCUGCAGCUCUUUCCCCUCUACGUGCUGGCGCUGCUCAAACAGAAAGCCCUGCGCACUGGCACCAGCACGCGCCUGGACGACCGCGUCUUCAACAUGUGCGACUUCAAGAGCCAGCCCCUUUGGCACGUCAUGCGCAUGGUGCACCCCGACCUCUACCGCAUAGACAGCCUAUCAGAACAGAGGGCACUGCGCCUGAAUGACACUGUGGUUCCCCAGCCUCCCCGUCUGCAGCUCACAGCAGAGAAGCUGACAAGGGAUGGAGCUUUCCUCAUGGACUGUGGCAAUGUGCUUUACCUUUGGGUGGGCAAGUGUUGCAGUGAGAUGUUCAUUCAAGACGUGCUGGGCUGCCCAAACUAUGCGUCUAUUCCUCCUAACAUGACGCAGAUUCCUGAGCUGGAGAACCCGGACUCGGAACAGUUACGCACGUUCCUGUCGUGGCUUCAGGAGACGCGGAGUUUCUGUCCGGCUCUCUACGUGGUGAAGGACGAGGCCUCGGCGAAGAGCGGCUUCUUCCAGCACCUGGUGGAGGACCGCACUGAGUCGGCCUUCUCCUACUACGAGUUCCUGCUCCACAUCCAGCAGCAGAUGACCAAGUAGAUGGCGGACUUGACCUGGAGGCAGAGGCCACCCAUGCACACACCCCCUCACACAACCCCCCCACCACCCACCUGUCCUGCCCCCACCUCCCCUUCCUCUGCGGCGUUUGAAAUCCUAGUUGACGAGGCACAUGUUUAGCAGGAAGCCCCUUCUCACCUGAGGGAGACUUUAGAGUAGGAGAUUGUUGGUGUGUGUGUGUGUGUGUGUGUGUGUGUGUGUGUGUGUGUGUGUGUGUGUGUGGUGUGUGUGUG